GAAUGAGUCGUGCUAGCUACGAAACAUCACGGCGUUUCCACAAGGGCUUUUUUCCGAUAGUCGUUUCGAAAACUGCCGUUGCCGCGAUUCGCAAAGAGUCGUGGCUUCAAUUCAAAGUAUUCUAAAAUGCCUGCUCUUGCCCUUCGACUCGCCGUGAUCAUGUACUGCCGUGACGCUUCCGGUGCCACCACUAUGGAUUGGCGCAUACGCUCGCCAAAGCAAUGUAUACCGUAUGUCACGCGCCUAAAGUGAUGUUCGUGCAAAGUCGUGUCAAGUACAUCAGUUCAUAUCACCCUCCACCUCCCAACUCCAACCAUCUCUUCCCUCCACACCGUUAACAAUACCAAUUCCUUCUCACAAACCCCCUCGAUCACACCCCCUUCAAAUGGCCCCCAAAGCCCUCAACUUCAUCACGGGCAACGCGCACAAACUCGCCGAAGUGCAAGCCAUCCUGUCCAGCACGCCGGUGCAGCUGGCGAGCCGCAACGUCGACUUGGACGAGGUGCAGGGCACAAUUGAGGAGAUUUCGCGGCACAAGUGUGCGAGUGCGGCGGGGAUUGUACAAGGGCCAGUGCUGGUGGAAGAUACGUGUUUGUGUUUCAAUGCUUGGGGAGAAUUACCUGGGCCUUAUGUAAAAUGGUUCUUGAAGAGUCUCGGAGUGGAUCGGUUCCAUCUUCUACUCGCUGGUUUUGAGGACAAGUCCGCCCAGGCUGUAUGUACUUUUGCGUACUGUGAGGGUCCGGGGAAGGAGGUGCUGAUGUUUCAGGGUCGGACGGAUGGGAGUAUCGUGCCAGCGCGGGGGCCCACACAUUUCGGGUGGGAUGCGUGCUUCGAGUACGAAGGCCAGACGUACGCAGAGAUGCCGAUCGCAGAGAAGAACAAGAUCUCACAUCGGGGCCGGGCGCUGGAGAAGCUGAAGGAGUGGUUGAAGCAGGAAGUAUGA